UGUUAUUGGAGAGCUUUGGUUUCUGGAAGUGUGUGAUUGGCUGAUGAAAGCUAUGACUUGAAGCAUUUCAACAGUUAAUUGAAGUGUAACAGAUUUAAAUAGAUUUAAGAGUGCUGUUGUUUCCUAGAAAAGCACCUAGCCAAGAUCCUUUAAUGUGUGUGCGUACAAGAGAGUAUUUAAAGAGGGGAGAAGACUUAGCAAUAGCAGUGACUCUGAAUAAAGUGUCUCAGUUCUUCUUUCAGCUUGUGUGCUGUUUGGCUUCAUCAUGCAGCAGAUCUACACACAGAGCCAUGAAGAGUUUGAGGUGUUCACCACUGUACUGUCGCCUCAAGUUUGUCGGAAGAGAGUAAUAUUCAAGCACCAAGGAGAAAUGAUGGUAGUGACAGCAGACUACAGCGCAGACUGUGAAGAAGAGCUGUGUGUCCGUGCCGGUGAGGUGGUGUUGCUGCUGUAUCAGGAGAACGCUGACUGGUGUUACGUCCGACUUCAGAGCGGAAAGGAGGGAUACCUGCCCACAGCCUGCUUCACUAUGAAGCAGGAACCAUUGAGGCCCACUGUGACUCAGGCGCCACAUAGCUUCACGCAAGCAUCGUCUAAUGGUCGGAGUGGCAGUUCUGGAGGGCGCUCUCUGAAACUGCCGAGGCGAGCGUCUCUGUCAGGAGUGCCGGGUUCACCUCGAUUAUUUCAGCGGCUGCUCUCUCGUCGACGUAGUGACGGACAUGCUGUACGUUCGAUUGGCUCUAUCAAUCCUGCGUUUCAUCCUGACUGAUGCAUCUAACCCUAGAGCUCUGCCUUUCUCUUCCAAAUGGGUCACAGAAGAGCAGAAUCUAGGACAGUGUGACACUAAAGUUGAGUUGUAUGCAACUCCUUCAGAUUUGGAGAUAAAACAGAAGUUUGGUGUCCUGAUUAGGGUUUGGGGCCUUUGUAGCUUGUUCGCGGCACUGAGCCUGCAACUGGUAUCAGGAUUUUUACUAUUACUGGCCACAUGUAAAUAUGUACAGUAAAUAUUGUGAUUUUUAUUGGAAAUAUCACACCCUUCGUCUAUGAACAUAUUUGUUUGAGUAUAUGUAUGUUUUGACUAAACAUGCAGAAAGACUACAAUGAUUUAGAAACUGUUAUUAGAUAGUAUUAGUAGACAUAUGUAUAUAUAUAUAUAUAUAUAUAUAUAUACAGUUAAGGUCAAAAGUUUACAUACACCUUGCAGAAUCUGCAAAAUGUUAAUUAUUUUACCAAAAUAAGACAGAGAUCAUACAAAAUGCAUGUUAUUUUUUUAGUACUGACCUGAAUAAGAUAUUUCACAUAAAAGACAUUUAAAUAUAGUCCACAAGACAAAAUAAUAGUUGAAUUUAUAAAAAUGACCCUGUUCAAAAGUUUACAUACACUUGAUUCUUAAUACAGUGUUGUUACCUGAAUGAUCCACAGCUGAGUUUUUUUUGUUGUUCUUUGGUGAUAGGCCACUUUUCUUAAGAAAAAUCCUUCAGGUCCCACAAAUUCUUUGUUUUUUCAGCAUUUUUGUGUAUUUGAAGCCUUUCCAGCAAUGACUGUAUGAUUUUGAGACCCAUCUUUUCACACUGAGGACAACUCAGUGUGACUCACUGAAUGCUCACUGAUGCUCCAGAAGGAAACAAGAUGCAUUAAGACCUGGGGGUUGAAAAUGUUUGAAUUUGAAGAUCAGGGCAAAUUUACCUCAUUUUGUGUUCUGGGAAACAUGUAAGUAUCUUCUGAAGGGCAGUACUAUAUAAAAUAUGAUAUUUAGGCAAAAUAAGAAAAAAAUACACAUCUUCAUUCUGUUCAAAAGUAUGCAUCGUUAAUGCAUCGUUUUUCCUUCUGGAGCAUCAGUGAGCGUUUAAACCUUCUGUUAUAGUUGAAUAUAGUCCCCCAGUUGUCCUCAGUGUGAAAAGAUGGAUCUAAAAAUCAUACAGUCAUUGUUGAAAAGGGUUCAAAUACACAAAAAUGUUGAAAACCAAAGAAUUUGUGGGACCUGAAGUUUUUUUUCUGAAAAACAGCAGCCAGUUUAACUGUUCAGGACAAACAAGGGACUCAUGAACAACUAUCACUAAACAAAAUUUUGCAGAUUCUGCAAGAUGUAUGUAAAGUUUUAACUUUAACUGUAUAUGUAUAAUAUCACGCCUCUCACAAUCUAUAAGAACACACAAAAAAAUGCACUUACAGAGAUCAAUUUACAAUGGAAGUGCUAUAGAAUUUUAUAGAGAGUAUUAAAGUGUAUGUCCAUUUAGAUUUCCAGGUAAAGUGCAACACUUUUUAAUUGGUUCUAUUUGACCCAAAUGUUUUUUAAAUCUGCAUAUUACAUAAAAAAUGAUACAUGAUAACCUUAACAUAGCACAAAGUAUCUAAACUAAACUUUUUUGUCCCGAAUUUGUCAUUUCCUAUACUGUUAAAUGAUGCUGUUUAUUGAUGCUGUUUAAUUUUUAUGGGCUUUUUUGCUUUUAUUUUGAGGUUGGCACACAGCUGUGACUGCUGCAAAAUUUCAUGAAAUGAAACGUUAUUUUGUAAUUCACAAAAUGGAGAAAAAUGUCAACAUUAAUUUGGUAAUAUGUAACAAUUAGGUUCAAUUUGUGCAUGUGUGAUGUAUCAUGAACUACCAGUUAACUAUUUGUACAGCGUUUAUGAAAGUUAACAAUUACAUGUAUUAUUGUUCACAUUCAUUCAUAAUACAUUAAUGUUACAGUAAUUUUUACAACUAAAAAUAUAAAAAAUGUAUUCGUAUACUCUCAGAAAGUUGUGACCAGUAAGUUUUAAUUUUUUUAAAGUAAUUACUUUUAUUCAGCAAGGAUUUAUUAAGGAUUUAUCAAAUUGACAGUAAAGACUUUUAUAAUGUAAAAUGUUACUAAGAUGUUAAUAAAUGUUUCUUGAGCAUAAAAUCAUUCCAUUAGAAUGACUUCUGAAGGAUCAUGUGACACUGAAGACUGGACUAAUGAUGCUGGAAAUUCAGCUUUGCAUCACAGGAGUAAAUUACAUUAAUAUUUCACUUUUUUUGUAUAUUUUUGAUCACAUAAAUGCAGCCCUGGUG